AUGAACGAUCCAGACGGCAACAUGGACCGCUCCAUGCAGGACAAUAUGGAACGACCAACGAAGAGACCAUGUCUAUCAUAUACCCCCGACGACGAUGAAGAGGUCCCCGCAGAAUUUGAUCUUUCGGCCGCGCGCGCACAGAAUGACUCGCGACUGAAAUCUCUCUUCGAAGGCAUUUUCGCGAAAUAUAGCCAGGACUUCACCGACGUUGGCGAUGAGAUUGACCUGCAGACUGGGCACAUUGUGGUAGACAAUGGACAUCUCCUGGGCAUGCGGGGCGAGCACGACGCUGGUGGCCAGCCGCGAUCAUGGCUCUCACAGGGUGACCUGGAUGGGCCGGAAGACCCUGAUGCAGACGAUGACAACACGAAGGAAGAGGAGGAUGAAUUCUUUUCUGUGGCAUCUUCUCCUGGUGGUCGUUCUUCGAAUGCUCCACGUGAAGAGUCGCCAUCGAAACAGCUCCAGACAGACAUGGAUACCUCCUUGGAUUUCGUGUUUACUUUCAAAGCCUCUGGGACUGCAGGGCUCAGUACUACGACCAAGGAGGAACAUGUCUCCCAUCCUACCAAUCCUAUAACUUCCAAACCGCAGGAUCCCCUCUGGGCAGUCCCAGACUUGCCCCCAUCUUUCUCAACGCCUACCGCCGAGACCCGCAGAUCAAACGUGGGCUUUUCUCCACCGGCAAGGUCUCCGUCCCCGCCAGGGAGCGGCUCCGUCUGGGCUGUGCCCAGACCCCGUAAGCCACGCACAGAAACGAAACCCAAGGCCACGCCCAGUAAGCGCCGACCAGCCGCGAAGCGCAAGUACCACUCUAGCCCAGUGACGCACGACUGGUCUUUUGCGGCAGUACCAGAUGGAAACGAGUCAGAUGACCCUUUGCAGGACUAUGAGCCAUCGCCGACACCAUCGAAAGUGAAAAUUAUCCGCGGGAAGCGCCACAUUCCGACGAAGGAGAACGAUGGCCCAUCCACUCCUUCGAAGCAGCCAGAUCCUGUCAUUGAAGUCGAUGAUCAAGAAGGGGGCUGUGAAACGAGAGACCAAGAGGAUGGACUGUCUGAUGCGCGCCUCGAAGGAGAUUGCUGCGAAUCGAGCAAUCAGAUAGACGAAGGGCCUAAAGCAUGCCCCAAAGAUGGGGGCUGCGAACCGAGCCAACAAGAAGACGGAGUGCCUGAAGAACAACUCCAAGGAGGCUGUGGACCAAGUGAGCAAGAAAAUGAAGCGCCUGGAGCAGAAUACAAAAACGAGGUACUAUUUGAUCCUAUGGUACAAGGCGAUUUAACCCCCAAGACCACGGCUAGCAACCUGGCCCCAUCGCCGCACCCCAUGGAAAACACCCCAAGCAAAAGGCGGCCCAUGACACCCGAUGAAGCAAAGUUGAUCGUGUGCAUGAUGUACAAACAGGAAAAGAAGGCCAGCGACGUGAUGCACAUGUUGCCAGGUCGCGAAUACCAGACAGUUUGGCACUGGUUCUACAAUCAUUGGACCCGCCGCCUCGCCAAUCCGCCUCCCCUUUCCACCGCCUGGUCGCAGCCUGAGUUGGCAACUCUGUCCAGACUGAGCACCCAAUCAGAUCUUACCUGGGGUCAGAUACAAAGUCGAUUCAAGGGCCGAUCGCGACAUGAGGUUGAGUUCGAGCUGCUGCGUGCUUUUGUUGGCGAGGGCUUUACCUCUGCCAUGAUCGAGAGCAUUGAGGAACAGCCGGAGCCGGAAGAGCAACAACAGGACGAAGAAACGCAUGACGAUGAGAUAAAGGAUGAACCAGAAUCCGAAGCAGCCGUGGAGGAAGUAAAUGAUGAGGCAACGGAUAGCGCAGGAGAUAGCAGUGCUGCGUCUGAAGACACUGCCCAGGAAGAGCUUGAGCAGCUUGGCAUUAAACAAGUGACAAAGACAACCGACAGUAAGCCGUCUGCUCCAAACAGCUUCUUGGGCAUUUUUAUAAACUCCUGA